AUGGACGCCCUGCCUUUGCCAAAGCGACCUACCAGGGACUGGUCGGAGCUGCCUUUUGAUGCCCUUUAUUCAAUUUUUGCCAAUCUAGGGGUCGUGGAUCUUCUCAUGGGUGCGGGCCUUGUUUGCCACUCAUGGCUCGAGGCGGCCAAGGAACCUGAUCUGUGGCGAACCGUGCACAUGCAGCGCCACGAGAUCGUUGGCAUGAACACAAAUGAUUUGUUGGCAAUGUUGAAUGUGGCUAUCGACCGUUCUGAUGGGCGGAUAGAGGUGUUCGUGGGAGAGUAUUUUCUUACUGAUAAGCUCCUCAAGUACAUAGCGGACAGGUCGCCCAAUCUGAGGCACCUUGACCUUGUGAAGUGCUAUAGGAUCACGAAAGAAGGAUUGGCCGAGGCGAUACUAAGUUUCCCUCUGCUGGAGAAAAUCGUGCUCUGGGGUUACCGGAGAAGUGUCACGUGGGAUUUGUAUCAAGUCAUUGGUAAAACAUGCAAUCAACUCGAGUGCCUCGAGCUAUGCCAUGGGAGCAAGGAACAGACACUUGGGAUCGCGACAUUGCAAGGGCUGCGAGACCUGGCCCUCACACGCUGCAGCGUGAACGACGAAGAGCUGGCAUUUAUCAUUGAUAGUUGCCCUCUCCUGGAGCGUCUUCACGUGAGGGGUUGCUUCGAGAUCGCGGGCCAGCCAGUCCUGAUGGCCAAGCGUGCCAGGAUCAAGGCAAUAGACGCCAUGCCGAUCGAGCUGCCGAGGGGGCUGCCCUUCGCGGUGGACACUUGGACCCCCGCCUCCGCCCUCAAGCGCCAUCGCUUCCUCACCCACGCCCACCGCGACCACCUCGCCGGCAUCACCACCACCAGCGCCGCCGGCGCCGUCUACGCCUCGCGCCUCACCGUCCUCAUCGCCCGCCACAUCUUUCCUCAGCUUGGGGCGGACGCGUUCGUGGAGAUGGAGCUCGGUGCACCGGUUCUCGUCCCGGAUCCCGACGGCGACUUCACCGUCACCGCCUUCGACGCCAACCACUGCCCUGGCGCAGUGAUGUUCCUGUUCGAGGGCGCCUUCGGCAAUGCCCUGCACACCGGCGACUGCCGCCUCACCCCCGACUGCAUCCAGGGCCUGCCGUUCAGGUACAUCACCGCGGAGGCACCAGGAGCAAGCCAGGCGCCGCCGUCGUGCCGCAUCGACUACCUCUUCCUGGACUGCACGUUUGCCAAGUGCCCGCUGCAAUUUCCGGCCAAGGAGGCCUCCAUACGUCAGGUGAUCAAUUGCAUCUGGGAGCACCCUAAUGCGCCGACUGUAUAUCUCGUGUCCGACAUGCUGGGACAGGAGGAGAUACUAAUCGAGGUGUCCAGGGCGUUCGGGUCGAAGAUAUACAUCGACAGGGACAAUAAUUCAGAGUGCUACCACACCCUCUCGCUGGUCGCACCGGAAAUUCUCACCGAGGACGCCUCCUCUCGCUUUCAGGUGAUUGAAUUCCCCCGGUUGUCGGAGCGGGCGACGGAUAUGCUUGCAUUAGCACGGGCGAGGCAGCAGCCUGAGCCCCUCAUCAUCAGGCCUUCUACCCAGUGGUACGCGCACUAUGCGGCACCAGAGGCGUCGCUGAAGCAGAAGCCGGCGCUGACGGAGCCUAUGCAGGAUGAAUUUGGGGUGUGGCAUGUGUGCUUGACCAUGCAUUCGUCUCGCGAGGAACUGGAGCAUGCCCUGCGAUUCCUCCGGCCUAAAUGGGUCAUCUCGACAACACCUCCUUGCCUUGCCAUGGAUCUGGCCUAUGUCAAGAAACACUGCUUCCUGUCCCGGCUAAGCCCCGAUGAUCCCAUCUGGAAGUUGCUCAGAAUACCUCAUGGAAAUCCAACUGUCACAGGCUCACCACAGGCGGCGAUAACCACAGUAGAAGCCGUUAAGCAGAGAGAGGAAGAGGAGUCGGAAGACACUUGUUCUGCUGUUUGCAGCCAGGUAUUACAAGAUGAAGGACCAGUGUUACAAGAUUUUGCAAUUGAAGUGGCGCAGCCGGUGACAUUGUUUGGGAGAGCAAGGUUUGGAUUACCUCAGGACUGUGAACUGUGGAAAGACGAGUAUGAGAGUGUUCAAGUGGCCGAGGAGGUUAAAUUUGAGGAGGAAUUGCAGAAUUCAGAUACAAAAUCCUACAAGCUGUGGAGUUACGUUAAAUUUGACAAGGGCAUUGCCGGUGUGAUUGAUUCAACUCAAGCUGCAACAGAAGAGCUCCAUGGUUCGGUACUAGAACCUGAGUUUCAGAACGACUAUGAAUCCAUUGAUGGCAUCAGAGUCGAUAUUAGUGAAGAUGAAGUGCAUGAGUACAGCUCGAUUACUGAAGGCUAUGCUGAACUUGCGAAGGAUGCAAAAUGCAAUGAAGGCACGAAACGAAUCAGGUUGUCUAGAUUCGAAGUCAAAGAAGAGAGUUCCACUGCAAGAUCCAAGUUCUUGGAAGUUUGCAAGCCCAGGGAGAGUGUCAAACUCAUCGCUGAGACCGUGGGCAAACAAGCUAAAGUAGAAGCAACAGAAGAACUGCUUUCCGAGGAUCGCACUCUUCUAUCCGACAUUAGCAACAGAUCUGAAGGCCCUGACACUGACAGAGCAGAUACUGCUGGAGUCGGGUCAUCAAAGGUUUUGAAUGCAAAGCUGAGGAGGCUGUACAGGUCAAUGAACGUGGCAGUUCCCCGCCCAUUGCCGUCAUUGGUAGAGCUCAUGGGAGCCUCCAAACGACCAAGGGUCUCCUCCCAGUUUCUUCAUCUAUGAAAGGCUUUCUGUUAUCAUAGCACAAAUUAUUGUUAGGGCUCUAGGUUUGUCGCAAAUCCCUGUGCAGCUACAAAUUUGUUGCAAAUGUAUUCUGUAAAAUUUGUUGCGAAGUGAUUUAGUGGUUGUCAGUA